AUUCUUUAUUUAUCAUACUUAUUUAACACAAAAUUAAUGAGUGACAAAAUGUAUUUGAUUUGAUAUUAUAUAAUUAAUUUAAAAAGUGAUAAAAUUAUCUAUUAAUGUUUAGUAAUAUUAUUUUAAUCUAGUUGUAUUUAUGAUAUACUUAAUUUAUCAAGGGCAUUAACUUAAGUGGUCCAAGGUUUACAUCAUAUAUUCCACCCACUGAAAUUACUUUUAUUAAAAUUUAAUACCAAUCUAGAAACAAAAAAGUUAAGAAUUUAGUAUUUUGUGUUUAGUGAUAGAAGAAUGUCAAAUACUUGUAGUAAGCAGUAAGCACAAUUAAAGAUAUAUUGAAUUUUAAUUUUGACAGUGAACAUUAUAGCAUUCAAUCAUCUAUUAAAAAUAAAAUAGUAUUGAAGUUUAAACUUAUCCAUUGUUAUAAACGGGUACAUGUACAAUUAAUUUUUGAAAAUCUAUAAUUGUAAAAUGGCUUCAACCUAUCCACUUGAACAUGAAUCUGUAACCAUAUUUAGAGAAUAUCUACGUAUACCAUCAGUUCAACCAAAUGUCGACUACAGUGAAUGCAUAAAGUUUCUUGAACGUCAAGCCUUAAGAUUAGGUCUUCCAUUAAAAAUUUACUAUAUGGCCCCUGGUAAACCAGUUGUAAUUAUUACAUGGGUAGGACAAAAACCUGAAUUAUCAUCAAUAUUACUCACCUCGCAUAUGGAUGUUGUUCCAGUGUAUUCAGAGAAAUGGACACAUGACCCAUUUUCUGCACACAAAGAUGAAAGUGGAAAUAUUUAUGCUAGAGGAGCACAAGACAUGAAAUGUGUUGGUAUUCAAUACUUAGAAACAAUCAGAAAGUAUAUUACAGAAAACCUUAAAAUGAAAAGAACCAUACACAUAUGUUUUACACCAGAUGAAGAAAUUGGAGGCGAGUUUGGUAUGGGUACAUUUGUUACAACUCCAGAGUUUGCAGAACUAAACAUUGGUUUUGCUCUGGAUGAAGGGAUAGCAACGCCACAUGAAGUUUUUGAUGUUUAUUAUUGUGAAAGAACUUCAUGGAAUUUAACAAUAACUUGUACUGGUCAGACUGGACAUGGUUCAAUACUACAUGAGAAUACAGCUGGAGAAAAAUUACAAUACAUAAUCAAUAAAUUUAUGAAUUGGAGAGAAUAUGAAAAAAAUAAAUUAAAUAACAGUGAUUUAGGACCAGGGGAUGUUACAACUAUAAACUUAACAAUGAUUAAUGGAGGAUGUCAGUUAAAUGUUGUACCAACUGAAAUAUCGGUUACUUUUGAUAUACGAUUAGCUAUUGAUAUGGAUGUUGAAAAAAUGAAGAAAACUGUACAAGAAUGGUGUCAUAAUGCUGGUCCAGGUGUUUAUGUGAAAUUUAAAAACAACCCAAUCCGUGUUAAACCAACUGCAAUUGAUAAUAGUAAUCCAUGGUGGAUUGCAUUCAAGAAUGAAUGUGAUAAAAUAUAUUGUUUCAGGGACAUGAAAAUCAAUACUGCUAUAUUCCCAGCAGGAACAGAUAGCAAAUUUAUGAGAAAUGUUGGUAUACCGGUUUUGGGAUUUUCUCCAAUGAACAAAACAAAAACUUUAUUGCACGAUCAUAAUGAAUUUCUUAACGAGAAAACAUUUAUUAGAGGUUUGGAUAUUUAUUACAAUAUAAUUAAAGCACUUACAUCGGUUUGAAAUUCAAAUUUUUAGUAAUAAUUUUAUUUAUAAAUUUAUUAAAAAUGUAUUUGAAUAAAAAAAAAGUAUUAAUUAACAA